AUGUCGUCAGCGAUGAAGACUGCUGAGGAUACCGUCGAUGAGGAUGCAACUGAGAUGCGGUUUCCUAAAGAGUUUGAAUCGCAAAACUGUGAUGCUCUUCUAACAUCAGAAGUGUUCUUGCUACUCGAGCACAGACGGCAGCAGAAUGAAGCAAAAGAUGAAAUUGAGGAUAUGAGUGAGACAGUGAAGGGACUCAUAAACUGUGAACUUGCUCGAUGGUCUAAUCUUUCAUGUAAGCUGUUGAGCAGUAGCAUCUCCAGGUUUUCCAAUCAGACUCUUAACUACGCUCGGCGUUUGUCACGUUUCAAAAAUCGAGAGACUAUCAAAGCUGUUCGUGCAAUAUUCUCCCAGAAGCCUUUACACAAGUUCGAAGUUGCGCAGAUAGUCAAUUUAUGUCCCGAAACAGCUGAGGAGGCUAAGGCACUGAUUCCUUCCCUUGAGAAUAAAUUGGAAGACGAUGACCUUGAUGAAAUCUCUGAGAGAUUUGCACAGAUGUCUGAGGACACGCGGGAAGACCAGUUGACUGAACUGGAAGCUCUCCGUAGUGUUUAUGGAGAGUCGCGUGUGCUCAUGGAAGAAAGUGACUGUAUCAAAGGUCGGAUAUCAAUUGAACUGGAGCCCUUGUCUAAGCCUGUAACCGUCUUCGCUGAUUCUGAGAAAGGACGUUAUGCUGUAACAUUAACGGCGUUACCACCAGUCACCCUACUGUUUCGGCUUCCACGCGACUACCCUGCGGUAUUACCAGAUCUGGAAAUAGAAUGCGAGUGGAUGGACGAUGAUUUGAUAUCGAGUGUGGAAUCAAAGCUUAAAGAAGUUUGUAACGAAAAUCUUGGACUAGGUGUAUUGUAUUUUUGCUGCGAAAUGGUCAUCGAAAUUGUUAAAACCAGGAUUGAUGACACGAAGGAGAUUUGCCUCGAUGAUAUUCCUUACGGGAAGAAAAAU